UAAGUGGUUACUUUCUAAUGGCAGCAGUGGGCACAGGAACAACAUGGGCCUCGCCAUCAUUACCCUACCUAACGAGCAAAGAAUCAGAAUUCCAAAUCACCAUCACCCAAGGUGCAUGGCUCGUGUCAAUCGGCAAUCCCACCGGAAUAAUUGGCUAUCUAUUAUGUGGAACACUGGCAAAUCGAAUUGGUCGCAAAUUCACCAUUCUCACAUUCGGCCUAAUCACACUCCUCGCAAUGAUUGUCAUAAAAUCGGCCAAUGACUAUACAACACUACUCAUUGGUCGUAUGAUUUUGGGUACUGGUAAUUGUGGCGUUUACAGUAUACUGACACUCUAUAUUGGCGAAAUUGCACACGAAAAAUUGCGCGGACGUUUUCUCACAUUCGACAAAAUGGCAGUGAACAUUGGCGCAUUCCUCAUGACAACAGCCGGUGCACUAUUGUCAUACGACAAUAUGAAUCUCCUCAUGAUAUUCAUUCCACUAUUGGGAAUUGCAAUAUUUCCCGUCACAUCCGAAACGCCGUAUUAUUAUUUAUUGAGGGAAAAAUAUCAGGAGGCUAUUGACACACGAAUGAAAAUUAUGGAGACGGAUGAUGUUGAUUUAGUGAUGAGGGACAUUGAGAGAAUGAAAAAGUCUAUUGAUGAGGGUAAGGAGUCGGAGAAGAGUAGUAUUAGAGAAUUAUUUGCCGAUUCUGGUUGUCGUUGGGCAUUGAUAUUGAAGAUAUUAACAUCGGCGACUUAUUCGUUUUCUGGCUAUAUGGCAAUUCAGGCGUACGCUCAGGAUAUUUUUAGUCAUUCGGGUUCGAAGAUACCGCCGCAAUUUUCCGCGAUGAUUAUGACUGGUGCGCAAAUACUCGCCGCUUUGCCAUCGUCACAGAUUGUCGAUUUGUGGGGUAGGAGACCGACUUUUUUAUUGUCGGGUAUUUUAUCAUCAUUAUCAUUGAGUAGCGUUGGUUUGUAUUUUUAUUUGAAAUCGUAUGCUGACAGUGAUGUUUCAUCUGUCAGUUGGUUACCACUAAUUGGAAUGCUUUCGUUCACGUUCUCUUGUAAUAUUGGAUUGACCACUAUUCCCUAUUUGUAUAUGGGCGAAUUAUUUUCGGUGAAGGUGAAAGGUGUCGCUACAAUGGUUUCACUAAUUAUGGAGGCGAUAUUUCUCUAUUCGUCGAAAAUGAUUUUUCCACUCGUGAGCCAUUGGUGUGGAAUUUAUGUGAGUUUUUGGAUUUUUGCCUUUACUUGUUUAAUUGGUUCGGUGACUGUAUUUUGUCUCGCGCCAGAAACAAAGGGUAAAAAUUUAGAAGAAGUGCUUGAAUUGUUGCGAUUAAGGGCACAAAAAAUGGGGAAAAGUGGAAAAAGUUAGUUGUAAGUGAAAUUUAAAUUGUAUUUUAAAUUUAGUUUAUUGUAAACAUAUGACUGAUGUAGCGUGUAAUAUUUUUUUACAAUAUUGAAAUAACUAAAAAUGGUAAACAAAUUUUUAUUUACGAGGGUGCAGCUUAUUAUAGAGCCGGCAGUGAGACGAUUAGAGGCGAAAAGUGCCGAAGCUCCCCGAAGGGAACGAGAUCGGCUGUUCCUUUAUCCCCUCCAAUCGCUUAUUUCCUUUACAUAAAAUUUUAGUUAAAAAAAUAAUUAUAAUUAUUUUUUAAAAUUAUUUUUAAUAUUCUUUUUCAUUUUUAAAUUCUAUUUGCUAAUUGCUUAGGUACUUCAUAAAUUUGAAAUAAAUAAUUAAAAAAUUAUUUAUUUAUUUGUGCGGGUACCCAUUGUCAAUGUGCCGGCACUGAGAGGCGGAAAGUGUCGAAGCUUCCCGAAGAGAACGAGAUCGGCUGUUCCUUUAUCCCCUCCAAUCGUUUAUUUCCUUUACAUAAAAUUUAAGUUAAAAGAGUAAUUAUAAUUAUUUUUAACCUACACAUUAUUUUUUAAAAAUUAUUUUUAAUAUUCUUUUUCAUUUUUAAAUUCUAUUCG